CAUCUACUGAUUAGAAUUCGCAGUUCUAUUUGAUCGCUAAAGUUGCGCGUAGAAUACAUAUAUUGCUAAGUAAUUAAUUGCUUGAGGUAUAGUGGACAUAUUAUUCCCAAAUAUGGCGGCGAACAAUGGUGGUUGGUGUGGACGCGGUUUUAAACACCGUACUUUUCCUAAACACUCACCUUUGAUAUGUUAUAAUAAACCUGCAUCGGCACAGGUCGAUAAAACGCUGUACGACGACAAACGUUUUGAGGCGCUCACUGGCGAGAUUGUGGAGACGGUGGUCGUCCCAAAGCGCAGUGCGCGCACAUGGACCAUGCAGGCCGGCGAUUUAUGUCGCAUUACUGUGAGCGAGGGCUCACAGGUGGGCGAUGUGAAUUUUUGGAACUUGGAUAAUACCAAAGAACGUUUCUAUUCGGGCAAAACACGUCAAUUACACAGCACACAUCUCAAAGUUUACGAUCGCUUGUGGAGCAAUUUACCUUAUUUAAGGCCAAUGGCCACUUUCGUUUAUGACUCGUUGGCAGCCUAUGGAAUUGAUGAGGAUGGUGGUUCAUUGCAUGAUGUGAUUGGUACGCGCUGUGAUGAUUAUACAUACAAAUUGAUCACUGGCAAUGAUCGUGUGGGCAGCUGUCACAGUUCGCUAACGAAAGCGGUGAUCGAGGAACGUGACUUGAAAGAGGAGGAUGUGCAUGAUGUAUGGAACAUUUUUAUGUGCACAGGUUUCACGAGAGAUACUCAACAAUAUUUCUGUAAGCCCAGUCCAGCCCGUAAAGGAGAUUAUAUUGAAUUUAUUGCUGAUAUGAAUCUUUUGGUUGCAUUAAGUGCUUGCCCGCAAGGUGAUGUAUCUAUAACGGUUGGCGAAGAGGUGCCUGAUGAUGUCUGCCAUCCGCUAAAGGUCGAAGUUUUUCGCAAAAAGCAAUAGUUUUGCAAAAAUGUCUUACAAAAGUUUAAUAAAAAAAAUUGUUAUCAUUCCAAAAAACGCUUUGGUGAUUUUAAUUCUUAUUAAAUAAAAUUAUCUCAAUAAAAGUGCA